AUGUUUCCAGCUCUAUAUCGCCCUAUACGCUCGGUCUUUCGAUCAUUCCAUACAUAUCAUCGCUUGCAAACUAACCGUGCUAUAAUAUAUUCGAGAACAGGUCCCCCUCCUGAAGUCAUUAGCGUGCUAUCGUAUCCGUCGCUUCCACCGCCCUCUCCUGGCACUCUGAAUCUGCGCUUCGUCUUGUCCCCGAUAAAUCCUUCGGAUAUCAACGUAAUCGAGGGUGUAUACCCUCUUAAACCUCCUCCAUCUCACCUCUCCCUCAUCACCCCUCACACCUUCAUCGCAGGCAACGAAGGCCUGGCUGAGGUGAGAGGUGUUGGAGAGGGCGUUUACAGCUUCAGUGAUGGCGACUGGGUCGUUUUAACUAAACAACAAGGAGGUACUUGGAAUACAGCAGUGAACGUUGACGCCUUAGACGUGGUCAAGAUCCCGCGCAAGAGUAAUUUGACAGAGGUAAACGCAGCUACGAUGACCGUACGUAUUCAUAAAGUAAAUCACCCAACGGCAUAUAACAUGCUCAAAGAUUUUGUUGAUCUAAUCCCCGGAGAUUGGGUAGUCCAAAACGGAGCUAACAGUGCUGUCGGUCAGUCCGUGAUCCAGAUAGCUAAGGCUCGAGGUCUCAAGACCUUGAAUCUGAUUCGUAAUCGGGAUGACAUCAGCGAGCUCAAGCAAGAAUUGACUGACCUGGGCGCAACUUGUGUCGCCACAUAUGAUGAACUCGCCGACAAGAGCAUGAAGUCCAAGAUCAAGGAGUGGACAGACGGCAAGGAUAUCCGCCUGGCAUUAAACUGCAUAGGUGGACAGCCUGCCUCCGACAUGGCGCGCUUGCUUGGAAGAGAUGCACAUUUAGUUUCAUAUGGGGCCAUGUCCAAGCAACCACUAUCUCUCCCAACAUCUCUCUUCCUUUUUAAGAAUCUCACCAGCCACGGUUUCUGGCAAAGUCGAUGGUAUCAGCAGCAUAGUAGGGACGAUAGAGAGAACCUCAUCAAGACAUUGGUGGAUUUGAUGAACGACGGAAAGGUAAGCGUUAUUCGUUGA